GUAGGAUUUGUAGGAAGAUGGUGUAAUGUUUUUGCUCGAUUAAUUUUCGAUUUAUUAAAAUGGAGUCUAAUAAUUCCGACGCCGAUAUCGGCGACAAGUGUAACUUCAACGGGGGCUGCUCCCCGCCUCUCAAGAAACCGACCAUCGACAUGAAUCACGCCAAAAAUAUUGAUGACAUAUCUACGCCUUCAGAGUUAAAAUUCGAUGAAGAUUUUGACUUCGUGGAUCCCGAUAUAACGGAGAAAAGGAGGGAGAUAGAGGCGUGCCUGGAGGACGCGGACGCGACCAGCCUGGAGCAGUGGCAGAGCUUCGCGAAGAGUAAAGGUGGCCUCAUCUGUGAUGAGUACAGAAGAAAAAUAUGGCCACUAUUGGUGGGUGUGACCACCGAGGAAAUGACAGAACCCCCCUCUCUGGACGAGCUAUCUACACAUAGUGAAUAUAAUCAAGUGGUGCUGGACGUGAACCGGUCGCUGAAGCGGUUCCCGCCCGGCAUCCCGUACGAGCAGCGCGUGGCGCUGCAGGACCAGCUCACCGUGCUCAUCCUGCGCGUAAUCAUCCGGCACCCGCACCUCAAGUACUACCAGGGCUACCACGACGUGGCCAUCACGCUGCUGCUGGUGUGCGGCGACCGCGCGUCGUUCCCGCUGCUGUGCCGGCUGUCGUACGGCCCUCGGGCUCCGCUGGCGCCCUUCAUGCAGACCACCAUGGUGCCCACGCAGCACCUGCUCAACUACAUGCUGCCGGUGCUGCGUCGCGCCGACUAUACGGUGGCCGAAUGCUUGGAAAAAGCGGGCGUGGGCACGAUGUUCGCGCUGCCGUGGUACCUGACGUGGUUCGGGCACUCGCUGAACCGCUACGCCGACGUGGUGCGGCUCUACGACUACUUCCUGUGCGCGGCGCCGCUGUUCCCCGUGUACGUGACCGCCGCGCUCGUGCUGCAGCGCCGUAGCGACGUGCUCGCCUGCGACCCGGACAUGGCCAUGCUGCACUGCCUGCUGUCGAGGCUGCCGGACGACCUGCCGUUCGAGGAGAUCCUGGUGACGGCGCAGACUCUGUACGAGGAGAACGACCCCGCCGACCUGGAGCCCGAGGUGGACGCGCUCGAGAGGAGGGAAGAGGCGCAGCGCUCGCUGGACGAACAGCGCCUGAAGCGACGCCGCGCCGCCGCCGCCGCCGCCGCCGCCAGGAACCCCACGCUCUCCGUGCGCAUACAGCGCACGCUGCUGGGGUACGUGCCCGGGGCGCUGCGCUACCCGCUGACGCGGCGCGCGCUGCUGGCGACGGCGACGGUGCUGCUCGGCGUGUACGUGUACUACCGCCCCGACCUCUUCAACAGGUAGCGCCACGCCUAUCAGUUUGUCGUGUUCCGGCUCUAGCUCUAGCUCUAGCUCUAGCUCACCUACUGCUCCUGCUCCUGCUACUGGUACGAACGGGUGCGGGUGCCGAAGCUUAGCGAUGUCUGUAUUAUCGUUUCACUAUUUCGAUCAUGUUCAACGUUCCCGUCUGUCCCCGCCCCGCAAGACCGCCGCCAUAUGUGAGGCGGAGGCGGAAAUGAAUGAUUCUUUCGACUCGCCCGUUCCUAUCUGUGCCCGGCGGGAACGAAUGGGAAUACACCGUGUCAAAACAUUUUUUAUUAAAAAAAUAUGUUUAUGUACGGGUGCUAAUACCCCCUGCCCAAUAUUUGAUCAAAUAUGUACAUUGCGUCUCACUCUUUUAUUAAACGACAUGUGAAACGCAAAUAGGAAUCAAAUAUUGGACAGGUGGAAUACGACCCUGAGUAAACGAUGAACUAGCUCCGCCCGUAUACUAUACUCGAGUACCACAAGGAGGAAAUGUUAUUGUAUGUUACAUAUUUGUAAUCUACUCACGAAGCCCUUUCAUUUGUACCUACACAAAACGAACUGACGGUCUACUCUAAACGAGGCAUGCCUAUUGAUCUGUCGGAAUCUACUGACAUCCAAAUAUUCCACUCUCAAUAAUAUUUUUGUAAUUAACAUUUUUGAACGAAACUGAUGAAUUACAAGUUUUUUUAUCGAUUCCGAUUCCGAUUACAACAAACGGUACUUAGAAGAAUGAACCGAUCGACUUGCGAGAAAUACAUUUUAACAACAAUGUCUAAUUUUAUUUUAUAAAUUGUUUAUUUUUCAAUACCUUCAAAAAUAUUAGUUUCUAAAUAGUAUAUCAGAGAAAUCUUUUUUUUUUCUUGACAAAUAGUUAACUAUAAAUAUGACCUUAUUUUGUAACUUAUCGGUGUCACUUACUAAGUGCUGAAGUAAAACCAUGUUUGAAAUUUUCCAGAGUUUCUAGCACAGACCACUUAUUCUAAAGACAUAGCAUAGUCCCGCUACCCGCUCUGCCACGCAUACGGUAGCCUUACUCGAUACAUUCUCUAAUUUGGAAUCCCGCCACCAAUCCUACUUCAGUCGGCGGAGCACAUGUCUAUGAACGGACCAAUCACGGCGCGGCACGGGACUGGCUCGCCUCGUCCCCCGCACCCCCCGCACCGCCGUACCCCUGUCCCCUGCAUUUCUGUAAACCCGAUCCUGGUUUCAUGAAAUAAUUGCUCCAUACGAGUUCUUUAGAAAUAGGUGUUCUGUGGUUCCUGGUAACAUUGUUAUUAUGAAGUUUGUACACGGAUGAAGCUUACACUUGUUCACGAGUGAACUCUCUGUUCAUUAAAAUAGAGUUCAAAAUGCAGUAGCAUCGCCAAUCAAAUAUUCAAUAAUCGCUUCUCAUAUACAUACAUUAUUAACUUUAACGCACAGAAUUAACCACUUUGACAUUGACAAAACACAAAUGCCUUGUAAAUAUGAACUUUUUAUAAAUAUGCUUAUUAUGAAUGGUAACGAACGACGAUACACAAAUUGUAUUGUAAACAUGAAUCUUGAACAUGCAAAUAUAAACAAAACUCGGGUAUAAAUGUUAAAAUCGUGGGUAAUUCUAUGUGCUGGAGUUGUGUUGUGCAGUAUAUAUGUAUAAUAUUAUAGAAUCGUGCUAGUUUCAUCUUCAUCCAUAGAUUUACACUUUACUUUUAUUUAUAGUUAUAAGUUUGUGUUGAGACAUGGUGCCGGUAACAAUAUGCCUGGAGCAAAGCGACAAAUUGAUUGUGAAUCAAAGGACAUUUUAGUGUAUUGUGGAUUGUUAAGAGUUUGGUGACAAAUCUACGCGAAAUUAGAUUUAAAACUGGCGAUGAGAAUAACUUCUUGUACGAAACAAAACGAAGAGAACGUUGUAUGUAUGUGUGUAUUAUAGGUUUAUGAAGAAUACUUAACGGUUGAACAACUAAGACCGACUUGAAAAAAUAAUGAUUGGAGGCUAAAACUGUAACCAAAUAGAAUUGAAUUAAGGGUGUGAGAAUAUUGAUGUGGAAAUUAAUUAUAUUUUGUAACAAAUUCCUUAAAAAUUAGGAAUAUGAAUUCUAAAUUUUCCGCUUGUAUUGCGUUCUAUCAACAUGUGAUAUUUAAUUUGAUACUAAUAUUUAGUGGUUAAAGUGUAGGGUACCUAACUUUAUUUCAUUCCUCAUUAAAUAUUUCCUUUAGAUGUAAAUUAAUUGAGAAAUGUAAUUUCGUUAAUAGUCCAAAGUUAAUAAAUGUCCACGGCUAUAUUUAAUUUACAGUCUGUUUAUCUACAAUCGCUGUCACAGUUCCCUGAUCAGUCUUUUCUUUAACCUUAUUCUAACGCGACACUUGUGUAGUGUAUCAGGAAUUCAAACUUAAUGCGAAAUAAUUUUGGCAUUGUAAGAAUUAUGUAACAAUGAAUUCUUGUACACACGAUUGUUUAAUUGUUUAUUUAUUACAUUUAUAAGCAUAACAGUUGCACCAACACCAAAUCGCUGAUGAUGAUGAUUGAUGAUGUACAUAUCAAUAGCAGCAUGGUGCUGAUAACCAUCGGCAGACCUUAUCUCGUUGCAAUAAGGUUUAUAAAUGACUAUAGUCACCGUCGACGGCGCGGCGCGGCGCGGCGCGGCGCGGCGCGGCGGUAUACAUACCCUGUAUCGUUUCGCAUCCGUAGGUAUAUAUCUACACGGCGACUAUUGGAGUGGUAGCCGGCGGUUGGUUACCCGUUACCCGUUACCUGUUACCUGUUACCUGGCAAUCAAUAUAGCCGUGAGCCGUGGGGGCCCACCGUGGGCGCGGUACGAGUACUAACACAAAUGCGGUUACUUACGGUACAGAGUACAGAGGUGUUGAGCAUUUAUUAUUUGUAAUUACCUAUUAUUCUAGAAUCAUUCAAGUUAAGGUCAACCGGGGCAAAUGCGUUACUGCUUUUUUAAUAUUUUUUUACUCUCCUUUAACCCCAUAUGAAAUGUUUAAUAAGUGUAUUGAACUAUUAUUUUGCUGUGUGCUUUCUACAACUCUUUACCAAGAUAAUUCGUGAAGUAACUUUUUCGUUGCAUUAUAAUUAAAAUAUGUGACAUUUUCAACCAAAAGGUACCACAUUGUCGCUUGUCAAUAAGGUUGAUUUCAAAUUGAAGCUGUAUGGAAAUAACGCUUUAUUGACAACCGACAAUAAGUACCCUUUUGAUUGAAAAUGGCACAUAUACAGAUGUUUAAAAAAAACGGAAAUUUAGACGCCUUUGUCCCGGUUAGGAAAAUUGCGUCUUAUUAAAAUAAUUUAUAAACUAUUAUGAUAAGACUUUUCAAACCUCAUGAGUCGUGUUCAUGAUACACGGUAUUUUAGAAGGUAUAAUCAAUAAAGGGGCCAAAAACAGCAUUAACAACAUCGAGUAGAAAAUAGUAUGAUUUGGGUAAAUGCGUCCCUAAUUUGUAGACGCAUUUAUCGGAACCUAAUUUCCAGAUGUUGUAAACCUUUUUAGACGAUUAAAGAAGUAAUAAAAAAAAAUUAAGAGGUAGGAUUUUUUUAAGUGUCGAAGUUAAAUUUUUCUAUGUCUCACCCGCUUAAUUUUUUCUCUUUGCCAAAAACCAAAUGUGCAUUUUUUUCAGAAUUUUCAAUUACGUUUUAGAGGUCGCUACCGAAUUUUAAAAAUUUGGACCCUUCAUACAAAAUGAUUUUUUUUUUCUCGUUUUUUCUUAAUUAGACAACGGGACACGGUGUAUUAAUGUGCAGUUUAACAUAAAAUAAUAGGUAACCCAAAUUUAAAAAAAGUAUAUUAUUAUGCGUGUUUCAGGCGUUCUAAAUAUUGAUUCAGCAGUGCGCACUUCUAAAACAGGAAUAAAAAUUAUUUAAAAAUAUAUCUCAACUAUACCUACUAUUGAAUAACAUAUAAAUAACUUCCAUAUACCUUGACUCGCUGUCUUGCUUAAAAAACAAAAAAAAAACCUUGUAUAAAGGAUCCAAAUUUUCAAAAUUCGGUAGCGACCCCUUAAACGUAAUAAUUAAAAAUUGUGAAAAAAAUCCACUUGUUUUUUAGUGAAAGAGAAUAAAUUAAGCGGGUGAGACAUAGAACAUUUUAACUUCGACGAAAUAAGCAACACCCUAAUUCAAACGGAUUUUGUUGACAUAUCUCAUACACUGUGUAGGUCUGGGGUGAAACUAAUUUUCAAAAUAACCAACUAUUUGAAUACGAUUCGGUAGAACGCCCUGAUGUAUGUUACGUGUUGUCCUCCAAGUAGUUCUGGCCUUUUUCUUUAGAUGGAGGGAGCUGUAGUGAUGUUGUUUAAAAAUAUAUCGAAUAGACGCAAUAAACCCAUAGUGGCAAUUACCCCGGUUGACCUUAGAUCAGAUUGUAUUGAUGCGAAGUUUGACCUUGUUUCCGAGCGGUAAUAACGUGCACGAUAUUGACAAAUUGUAUGCUUCAAAUUGUAUAAUGCACUUAGGUUUAAGAUGAUGUGGGAUAUCGCACCUUGUAUAUUGUAUAUUAAUUUAUUAUAUCACUCAUACUCAUAAUUUCGUGUAAAUGGAGUUUCGUUUUGUAUAUAAGGUAUAUGUUAUACCGAUAUUUAUUUCAUGAAAUGAAAACCCUUGUGAUUGAAAGAUCUUUUGUGUGUUCGCGAGAAUCGUUUUAUCUUUAGUUAAUUUGUUUGUAAAUAAUGGAACUGGAUUUAGUUUUAAGUGAGAUAUAUGUUACCUGUCACUGUCAGUAGCGACACUAGCGACUAGUGUUUGACUUGAGUUUAAGUGAAUUUGAAGAACUCAGCGUUUAAAAACUUCUUUUCCCCUCACUAGCUCGGAAAGCCGUCUUUUAUCCUUUAAACCAAGCGGGGGAAAACGCAUUUUAUCCACUAGUGGGGAAAGUAAUUUGACCUUGGAUGGAGCGUGUUUAAGUAGCUUUUGACAGAUAACAAAACGUAAAACGCUCAUAAUAAUGGUUCGUUCGAUAUUAAUUAUCAUUAAAUAAAUGGUUUGAGAAUUUAAUAAAAAAUACCAAAUUUACCUUUAUUUAAUGAUUUUAAGUCAUAAACCUUAAAUUCCAUAAGAAACAUUUGUUCUUUUUAAAUGAUGUUGAAUGUAAUUCUGAACGCACAAGUUGAGUCGAUGCAAUUUCAAAAGGCAUCGUCAGAAAUGUCAACAUUGUCAACAAAAAUUUUCUCACCGACUCUGACACGUAAAAAUACACAACUUCCAGAGUUUUCUGUUAUAAUAUCGUAUUAUCGUAAAAAAAGAGUGAUUCCAGUAAUGAAUAUGAUCUAAUGCCUGUGGAUGUUGCACUUUCCUCGCUAUAGUGAGGCGAAAAGUUUUGUGUUACACACGGGUGCAAAGUUGUAUUUUACUUCUUGUGUGUUAAAACACUCGCUACGCUUAGGAUUCUAUUUUAGAACCACUCGCUUCGCUCGUGGUUCAACUAUAUAAUCAUUUCGCUUGCUCGUGUUUCAAUUCCACACUCGCGGGUAAAAUACAACUUUGCACCCUUGUAUAACAAAUAACUAUUGUUGAGUCUUUUUUAAGAGUAACUUAAAAGGACUCGAGCCUCCGGAUAAAGACUCCGUCAACAAUUUUAUAGGUUUUCCUAAAUAACAGUAAAGAAAUUAGGCGUUAUUGUAUGAUUUGUGUACUUAAUCCACAAAUUUUACAUAAAGACAAUGCAUUUCGAAAUUGUUUGUAAAAAAAAUCAAGAGUUCUCUGAAAAGGACAUACUCAAGUCUCUACUGUAAAGACUUAAUGAGUGAAAAACUGAGUCAAGUCUUGAAGCAGAGGACUCGAGUCCUAACCAACACUAGUAGCAACCCGGGGCUCGUUGACAGUGAUCACAGUGAGGUAAAUGUUCAAGAUACGAGUAUGAUCCUAAACUAUCUCAAGCAAUGUUAUUUCAGUGACACCGAGACACGGUUUUUUGAUUUUCAUUCUGUGUGUUGAGGGUCUAAGUGAUACCUGGUCUGCUGUCUGCUGCACGUCUGGUCACGAGUCGAGUCCUGGCUCUGUUUCAGUGAUUGAGACAUCAUAAUGUCAAGUUUAAUAUCUGACCAAACCCACAAGCUUAGAUGUUUAAUUAUAAUUUAAUAUUUGGCAUACCUAUUUAAGUUCAUUUCAUUAUAACCACGAACGGUACUCACAAUGGGUCAAGAAAUAGACAGUAUUUAUUUUAUUGUAUAUCCUUUUGGUACCACUUUGAUAUAAUAUAGGUACGAUAUGAAAACAUAUAUUAGGACUUGUGGUUCGUUUCCAACUGUCGUUGAAAAAUGGUGUCUGAAUACAAGGCCGUGAGGUCUGCAACGGCAGUUGAAACGAGCGCUACACAAAAUUAGUAUUAAAGUAAGCUUUAUACGGCGCUCUGUAAAGUUGUGCCGGUCUGUACUCGCGGGUAGACGCGGUGUGGACGCGGCACGUGACGUUAAUACACAUUUAUUACGA